AUGGCAUCUCAUAUUGUUGGAUACCCACGCAUGGGCCCCAAGAGAGAGCUCAAGUUUGCUCUGGAGUCAUUCUGGGAUAAGAAAAGCAGUGCACAGGAUUUGCAAAAGGUUGCUUCUGAUCUAAGGGCAUCAAUCUGGAACCAGAUGGCUGGUGCAGGAAUCAAGUACAUCCCCAGCAAUACUUUCUCAUACUAUGAUCAGGUGCUCGACGCCACCGCGAUGCUCGGCGCUGUUCCAUCCAGAUAUGGAUGGAGUGGUGGGGAGAUUGGAUUUGAUACCUACUUCUCCAUGGGCAGAGGUAAUGCCUCUGUGCCUGCAAUGGAAAUGACCAAGUGGUUUGACACCAACUACCACUUUAUUGUGCCUGAAUUGGGACCUGAUGUGAACUUCACUUAUGCUUCCCACAAGGCAGUGGAUGAAUACAAGGAAGCCAAGGCACUUGGAGUAGAUACAGUUCCAGUCCUUGUUGGCCCUGUGUCAUACUUGUUGCUCUCCAAACCCGCCAAGGGUGUUGACAAAUCCUUUUGUCUUCUUACUCUCCUCCCAAAAGUCAUUGCUGUCUACAAGGAAGUAGUUGCUGAUCUUAAGGAAGCUGGUGCUUCGUGGAUUCAAUUUGAUGAACCUACCCUUGUGUUGGACCUUGAGCCUCAGAAGUUGCAAGCAUUUACUGCAGCAUACUCGGAACUUGAAUCUUCUUUAUCUGGUUUAAAUGUUCUUGUUGAGACCUACUUUGCUGACAUUCCUGCUGAGGCAUACAAGACCCUCACAGGUCUGAAUGGAGUCUCAGCUUUCGGAUUUGAUUUAGUCCGUGGAUCUAAGACUCUUGAUUUGAUCAAGGGUGGAUUUCCCAGUGGAAAAUACCUGUUUGCUGGAGUGGUUGAUGGAAGGAACAUUUGGGCUAAUGAUCUUGCUGCUUCUCUCAGUCAAUUAGAGAGUCUUGAAGGCAUUGUGGGCAAAGAUAAACUUGUUGUGUCCACCUCCUGCUCACUUCUUCACACUGCUGUUGAUCUUGUUAAUGAGACCAAGUUGGAUAAUGAGAUAAAAUCAUGGUUGGCUUUUGCUGCCCAAAAAAUUGUUGAAGUAAAUGCAUUGGCUAAGGCAUUGUCUGGUGAAAAGGAUGAGGCCUUCUUCUCUUCUAAUGCUUCAGCUCUGGCUUCAAGAAAGUCCUCUCCAAGAGUGACUAAUGAGGCUGUUCAGAAGGCUGCUGCUGCAUUGAAGGGUUCUGAUCAUCGCCGUGCUACCAAUGUCAGCUCAAGACUGGAUGCUCAACAAAAGAAGCUCAACCUUCCAGUCCUCCCAACCACCACCAUUGGAUCCUUCCCUCAAACUGUUGAACUGAGGAGGGUUCGCCGUGAAUACAAGGCUAACAAGAUCUCUGAGGAAGAGUAUGUUAGUGCAAUUAAAGAGGAAAUCCGCAAAGUUGUUGAACUCCAAGAACAGCUUGAUAUUGAUGUCUUGGUUCAUGGGGAACCUGAGAGGAAUGAUAUGGUUGAGUACUUUGGUGAGCAAUUGUCAGGCUUUGCUUUUACUGUUAAUGGAUGGGUGCAAUCUUAUGGAUCUCGUUGUGUGAAGCCACCAAUCAUCUAUGGUGAUGUGAGUCGUCCAAAACCAAUGACUGUUUUCUGGUCAUCUACUGCACAAAGCAUGACCAAACGUCCAAUGAAGGGAAUGCUUACUGGCCCUGUCACCAUUCUCAACUGGUCCUUUGUUAGAAAUGACCAGCCAAGAUCUGAGACAACCUAUCAGAUUGCUUUGGCUAUCAAGGAUGAAGUAGAAGAUCUUGAAAAGGCUGGUAUUACUGUUAUCCAAAUUGAUGAGGCUGCUUUGAGAGAAGGGUUACCAUUGAGGAAGUCAGAGCAAGCUGACUACUUGGACUGGGCUGUUCAUUCCUUCAGGAUCACCAAUGUUGGUGUGGAGGAUACUACUCAGAUCCACACCCACAUGUGCUACUCUCACUUCAAUGACAUCAUCCACUCAAUCAUUGAUAUGGAUGCCGAUGUGAUCACCAUUGAGAACUCUCGUUCUGAUGAGAAGCUUCUGUCAGUGUUCCGUGAAGGAGUUAAGUAUGGAGCUGGAAUUGGACCUGGAGUUUAUGACAUUCACUCCCCAAGAAUACCACCAAGUGAAGAAAUGGCUGAUAGGAUCAACAAGAUGCUUGCAGUGCUUGAGACAAACAUUCUGUGGAUCAACCCUGAUUGUGGUCUCAAGACACGCAAGUACACUGAGGUGAAUCCAGCACUCACAAACAUGGUUGCCGCUACAAAAGUCAUUCGCAACCAGCUUGCUAGUGGCAAUUGA